AAUAGUCAGGUGAAAUGAAGUUAUAUCAGUUAUAUAUAUUCUGUUGAAUCACUUGUUUCUCAAAGAGGUAGCUAGCAGGUUAUCUAGAGUGAACAAAUAAUACACGUUUUCACAGAUAUCAAUCAGUUGCUAAGCUCUUUAGUUGUAUCUAAGACACUUUAAUAUGGGAUUUUGCUUAGCUAUACCAUAGAAAUAACACUACCUAAUUUUAAUAGCUACUUAAUACUACAUUAUGUAAUGAAAAAACAUUUUUUAACCAUUUUACAAUUCAAGGAAAAGUGUGAAUCCAGGGCACUGCUUGACAAAAAGUAACUUUUAGACGUAUGAAGUAUAUAUAAUGUAAAAACAGCCACAAGACAUUAUGCAACAGUUAUCCUUUUUGUUUUGUUGUGUUCUUUUUUUUUUUUUUAGAAAUACAGUGGAAAAUCAGAGGAAAUGCAAUACUUGGUGAUGGUGGAUCUUGACUUACAAACGGUGGCAUACAAGCAGUGAACUAUGGAGAAAAUUGGGCCAGGUUUCCUGAGCAAUCACACAACUCCAAAUGAUACAUCUAGCCAAUGGAGACCCACAAAGCCUACCCCACCAAGCAUGGAGGAAGUCAUCCAUUCCGAAUCCCAAAUUAAAUAUCUAGUGGGGUUAUUCGGCAUGGUGACCCUUAACCUUGCAGCCCUGCUUGGCAACACUGGAGUUAUUUUGGCCAUUGCCCGAGCUCCACACACAAAGAAAUAUGCAUUUGUGUGCCAUCUUUGUGCAGUGGAUUUGCUUUGUGCCAUAUUACUGAUGCCUCUUGGAAUAGUAUCGAGUUCUCCAUUCUUCAGUACCGUGACAUUUACGGUUCUGGAGUGCCAAGUCUACAUCUUUCUCAACGUGUUUCUGGUCUGUGCCUCCAUUCUUACUGUAACCGCCAUUAGUGUGGAACGCUACUAUUACAUUGUUCAUCCCAUGCGCUAUGAGGUAAAGAUGACUAUACACCUGGCUGUUGGUGUCAUGGUAUUCAUUUGGGUGAAAUCUUUGCUUUUAGCACUUGUUACCUUAUUUGGUUGGCCAGCAUAUGGGAAUCAAAGCUCCAUUGCAGCUACCCAUUGCUCUCUGCACUGGAGUCAUAGUCGUCUCAGGAAAGUGUUUGCCAUUCUUUUCAGUGUGAUUUGCUUUCUGCUUCCUGCAGUUGUGAUUUUUGCUGUGUACUGUAAUGUCUACAAGGUGGCACGGUCAGCUGCAAGACAACAUGUUCCCAUGCCCCCCUGGCCCCCUAAACCAGUUAAGUGUCGCUCGGAUUCCAUUAACAGUCAGACUACCAUCAUCACUACUACGCAGAGUCUGCCUCAGAGACUGUCCCCUGAGAGGGUAUUUGGAGGUGGGAAGGCUGCCCUCACACUCGUGGUCAUUGUGGGACAGUUCCUGCUAUGCUGGCUUCCAUACUUCAGCUUCCACCUUCACAUGUCCAUCACAGCACCACUCCAGAGUCCAGGAGACAUUGAAGAGAUUGUCACCUGGUUGGCAUACUCCUCAUUUGCAGUGAACCCAUUUUUUUAUGGACUACUCAACAGGCAGAUUCGAGAGGAACUCAUAAAGCUGAGGAAGUGCUGUGCUUCCAACAGGCCUGUGGAAUUUGGUGGCUCUAGUCAUGAAGGAUCCAUCCAGGAGAACUUCCUGCAGUUCCUGCAGAGGACCAGCAGCAAGACUGAGACCACCAGGUCCAACUCCAGCCCCAGAAACACCCUGGACCCUGGUAUCAGGAUACCUGGACAGAUCCCUGAGGAGUGACUUAAACUCUAAACAUGUGCUUUCUGUCAUCAAUUAUUGUAUGGAUUUGGAUGAAAAGUGGAACUUCUGGUAUGAUUGUGUUGUACUAGAUUUAAUCUAAGCCAUACUAAUACUGAUGGAUGUAAAUAUGAGCCCAUCAAAAGGUACAAUUUUUGUUGUGCAAUGGAUGUGAUAAUAGGGAUGUCUAAAGUACAUUAUGAUGAUCACCCUUACUUUGAAAACUAAAGGCAAUAACAAUAACUUUUUAAGGUAAUAACAUGGCUAAAAAGAAACUUUUCCAAAAGAAAUGAACAAUAUAACUAUAAAUGAAGGAGAUGUGUUUUCGUUUUAUUUUCAUAAUUGUGAGACAUUGACAGAACAGACAUUAGUCUUCCAGUAAAGCUGAGGAGGCUCCUGUAUAGCUUGCUAAUUCCAUCUGCCUGUCACCAUGGAAAUGUGGUGAGACUGAGUCUUGCAUAGCAACAGGGUUCUUUUGAGCUCAGGUCUGCUUGCAAAUUGUAUAAAAAUACAGUGUCCUGUGUUAGCUUUUCACCCAAGCCAGGCGGCCGUAAUACAUUACCUGCAGCUCACCACUAACUACACAUUCACAUUAGUGUACCUGGACAUGGAAAACUGCUUUUGCUGCUAUAUCUAAUAGCAUUUAUUACACCAAGACACAGAACCAUGCUGGUCUGAAGCACUGAA